AUGGCUCUAGAACAAGAGAAGGUGCCGCUCGCAACCCUCUCCAGAGACUUUCGCGGGCAAAUGGUGAUACCUGAUACCGAUGAGGACGAUAAAUAUGAGGAUGCUGCCGAAGACCCGUCAGAUUUCAUCGUCAAGUACAAUAUGGAUUUGCAUGUUGCGUUGCAAGACUGCGAGUUGGCCAUCAAAAAGUUCUUUAACAAUGAUCUCGAGGGUGCUAUGGACAUCAUGAAGGUGUGGAGCAACACUUCGCUGUACCACAGCUUGGGGGUGUCCAUAUUCGAGUUCAUCCCAGCCGUUCUUACCCUGGACUCCGCUCAAGUGGCUCGCGCUUUGGCUGCACUCAAGCGGACGCUGGCCCUCUGCCAUCAACAUCGGCGCUCCUACACUCUAGUGGAGACGCUCGGCACCAUGAUCAAAAAGACUAACUACGCCACGAUGACCGAUAUGGAGGCUCACGCGGAACUGUGCUAUGCCGAGUCGGGAUUGCUCCAAGCGGCCCUUUGCAUACUAGACGGCGAUGAUAUAGCUGGGUUUUUGCGCGCCACUAUCAAGGUCAAGAGCUGCUACAGCACCUACAAGGAGUGCGCCCGCAUUCUGGAGAAGAAGAAUUGGGAGACUGCAGAGUCGCGUCAACACUUCCAAAGCGGCGUACGUCUCGGCCUGGCCACGUUCAGUCUAAUGAUAGCCAUGUUGCCGCCUCGCAUCGUGACUUUGCUCGAGUUUGUGGGAUUCUCUGGAGACAAGGACGCUGGUUUGGCUGAACUGCAGGCUGGUGCCCGCGAGCCUGGUCUUCGCGGAGUACUUUGCGAACUGACCUUACUCGCGUAUCAUCUGGUGGUGAGCCACUUCGCUGGCGCAAUACCGGACUUCGAUCUCUGCCAGCGUAUUCUGGAGACGCAACUGAAGGUAUACCCAGAAGGUGUCUGGUUCCUGCUGUUCGAAGGCCGCUUGCAGCUUCUUCGUGGGCGUUGCUCCCUUGCAGCGGCCACCUACAAGCGUGCGGCUGAAACUCCUCAUUUGUGGAGGCAGCUCCGUCAUCUUUGCUACUGGGAACUCAUGUGGGCUAACGCCAUGAUGAUGGAUUGGCGCGAGGCAGCCGGAUUCGCGGGGCGUCUCAUUGAAGAGAGUUCUUGGUCUCGCACCGUGUACUCUUACGCUAGAGCAGCGUUGCUCCUACAACUUGGUGAUAAGGCCACGGAAUCUGAGCGCCGCCAGGCCGCAGAGUUGCUCAAAGCUGCUCCUUUGUAUCGUCAAAGAAUCGCUGGAAAAUCCCUGCCCAUGGAGAAGUGGGUGAUUCGUCGUUGUGCCCGUUUCGAAGCUCAAGGCGGUCGUCUGCUCCUACCAGCUGUCGAGUUGCUCUGUAUUUGGAAUAUGCUGUCCGCCCUAUCAAGCGACUCGCGCACCGUACAUUGCCUGCUCAAGCAAAUCGAAGCGACUAGCGAGCGUCUCGACCGGGAACAGCAUCAGUGGCCCAGCAGCCUGGAUGGAGACAAUAGGGCUUUGCUAGCCUACCUUAGGGGAUGUUGCCUGGCUGCCCUUGGGGUUCCGCGACUGGCUUUGCACCAUUUGGAUCACGUCGCUAGAUUAAAGGAAAAGAUAAAGGAAGACACUUUCCUGGUUCCUUACGCGUUGGUGGAGGCGGCCAUGUGUCAACACGCACUUGGAGAAGUCGAUACAGCUCAACGGAUUCUGCAAGAUACCAGGAAGCGCUACUCCAACUACUCUCUGGAGUCCCGUCUGCUGUUUCGAAUUCAUUCGAAACUGCAGAUUGUUCGAGAUGCUGCCGCUGCUGGUGGGGGCUCCGGGGACCCGCCCCGAUCCGUUCCUUUGUGUCCGGCUGGGAGGGUGGAGCACCUCGCCUGA